UGCAGUACUUGUAUAACGACAUAGAGUAUCAAGUUUUUACAUGCAAAUAUUUCUGCUGCCAUUAUCUUCUUUAUACUUCCCAGCAUCUGCAGCAUUUAGACUUCAUUCGUAGGAUAAACAGUUUCAAGCAACAAUAUGUAUUCCAUCCAUCCAUCCAUUUUCUAUGCCACUUAUCCUCACUAGUGUCACGAGUAUGCUGGAGCCUAUCCCAGCUCACUUCGGGCGAGAGACGGGGUACACCCCGGACUGGUCGCCAGUCAAUCACAGGGCUGACAUUCACACUCACAUUCAUACAUAUGGACAAUUUAGAGUCGCCAAUUAACCUAACCUUAUCAACUUUAUCCUUUUUGGAAUGUGGGAGGAAACCGGAGUACCCGGUGAAAACGCAGAACAUACACAGAGAUGCCCAACGGAGAUUCGAACCCAGGUCUUCCCGAUCUCCUCACUGUGUGGCCAACAUGCUAACCACACGGCCACCGUGCGGCGUAUAUGAGCAGCUGUAUGACACUCUGGACAUUGUUGGAGGACCAGAGGUGCGAGCCCAGGCAACAGCCAAGGCCACGGUGGCGGCCUUUGCAGCCAGCGAGGGCCAUGCCCACCCACGGGUGGUGGAGCUACCCAAGACAGAGGAGGGGCUGGGCUUCAAUAUUAUGGGGGGCAAAGAACAGAACUCCCCCAUCUACAUUUCCAGAGUGAUACCUGGCGGCGUGGCUGAUCGCCAGGGGGGGCUGAAGAGAGGAGACCAGCUGCUGUCCGUCAAUGGAGUGAGUGUAGAGGGGGAGCACCACGAGAAGGCCGUGGAGCUGUUGAAGGCUGCGCAGGGCUCUGUCAAGCUGGUGGUGCGCUACACUCCCAAGGUCCUCGAGGAAAUGGAGGCUCGCUUUGAGAAGAUGAGGACGGCCAGGAGACGACAGCAGCACACAAGCUACUCUUCUCUGGAGUCCAGGGGCUAACGGAUCCAACGCCUUUGUCCAUGUCAUUAUUCAUCCUACCUGAUGCUUGUGUCCCUGUUGGAGGCAUGUCCAUUGAUGAGAAGUAGAAAACCAAAGUAGCCUACUAACUAACGCCUGCUACCUGAAAAGAAGCCAAACACUGCAGGUUGGCUUUGUUCCUGCUCCCCCCCCCCCCCCCAUUUCUCAGAAUCGUACAGAGGUGUGCGUUGGGUCUACAGUAAUCCUGUGGUGUGAAAUCAUCUCCAGUGUCCAAACCACGUAAGGGCAAGGUCUUACAUAGAUAUACAGUAUAUGGUAUGUGACUUAACUACAUCCUAGUGUUUAUGUUCUUAACUUGUGCAUACUUAUGUGGUGCACUGUGAGUAGUCUUGAGAAAGUAUUUGGAAACAGACACUUUAGACACGUGAGCCUUCAAGACCAUUUCUGUGACAGAGGUCCCCAUAGAGGCCUGACAAUGAGCAUUAUGACAAACUACACUCAACCACUGGUAAAUGCUACAUUAGCUCUUAAGACUUUCUCUUAUGUAUUAAUAUGUGGUUUACUCAUGAAAUAAACUGCAAGUCAAACGCUG